AUGGAUGAUCAACCAAAGGAAGGUGGUGAAGGUGACAAGAAAAUUAUUCACGUGUAUCCGCUCGUCAAACAUUCCGAUAUGCAGGAAGAAAUGAAGAACGAAGCUAUCGAUAUGAUUACAACAGCCUGUGAGAAAUAUGCUCAAAACUAUGAACUUGCCGCUAAAACAAUAAAAGAAGCUAUGGAUAAGAAGUUUGGAACAUAUUGGCACGCUUGUGUGGGCGAAGGUUUUGGCUUCGAAGUGUCUUAUGAAACCAAAAAUAUUUUGUAUCUUUUCUUCGGAGGAAAUCUUGCAAUUGUCUUGUGGAAAUGUUCAUAA